AGUGAAAUUACGAAUUGGAUAGAAUUGUACUUGCAACAUGGAACAUAAGGGAACUACAAAUUUCUCGUGAUUUCGUUUGGAAAAUAGGACGAUUAAUAUUGAGAAUACAAGGCGUGUUUACCCCGUUUUGCAUUUCACUUUCUGAGAACAUGCCACGACGAAGGAGCGCAUAAACACGAUACAAAAUGGGCAAUUCUGUAACAAACGGGACAAUUUUCGAUCUCGAAUCGGGAGGUGAGACUCUGAAGCACUUUCCACGACCGGCCACUAUCACAGCUGCCGUUUGCGCGAUAAUUUUCAGCGUCGUUGGAAUCGUGGGUAAUCUGAUAACAGUAAUUGCGCUGUUAAAAUAUACAAGAUUGAGACGACACGCCACAACUGCUUUCGUGAUAAGUCUCAGUAUUUCCGACUUGAUUUUCUCUGCGGUAAACUUACCAUUAACUGCGAUCAGAUAUUUAAACGAGGCGUGGGUGCUUGGUGAAACUCUAUGCAAAAUAUUUCCGCUGUUCUUUUAUGGAAAUGUUGCGGUGUCUCUGCUCAGUAUGGUGGCAAUUACGAUCAAUCGAUACAUACUGAUUUCAAGAUCAGAAAUAUACGCCCAACUAUACACCACGCAGCGAAUCAUUCUAAUGCUGAUCGCCAUUUGGACACUAAGUUUCUCCUUACUUUUACCACCGUUGCUCGGCUUUUGGGGAACGUUGGGCCUGGAGAAGACCACUUUCUCCUGCACUAUACUCAAGAAAAACGGUAGCAGUCCAAAGAAAUUCCUGUUCGUUUUAGGAUUCAUCGUGCCUUGUGCAGUCAUAUGCGUCUCCUAUCUUUGCAUUUACUGGAAAGUAAGGAAGAGCAGAAAGAAUCUAGAGGCUCACGCAGGUGUAUCUAGAAGAAAAGCUGGAGGAUUCCAACGUAGAGAAGAUUCCAGAGUGACCAGACUGAUGUUGACCAUAUUCUUAUGUUUCCUUUUAUGCUUCAUGCCUCUGAUGCUGGUUAACGUGAUCGACGAGAAAAUAAAGAUACCGAUUUUGCACGUGAUCGGCUCUGUCCUUGCGUGGGCCUCUUCCGUGAUCAAUCCUUUUAUUUACGCCGGCACUAAUAAGCUUUACAGAGAGGCCUACAAGCAAGUUUUGUGUCCAAUUUCAAGCAAAGCGCCGACGAUCGGUACGAAACAGACGCACUCGCAUUCAAGUAAAGUUUCGUCGCCGCAAAUGACUUGA